CACACAGAUCACAGACACUGUCUGUGUAUUUUACUCCCUUCUCUCCGACGACGACAGACAGAGCACAUGCUCGCUCUCUCUCUCUCUCUCUCUAUCUCUCUCUGUCAAUCUGUCAGAGACGUUUGUGCCACCUCCCCUUCUCUCUCAUCUUUCACUCUCUCUUCCUCUUCCAUCGCUUCAUUCUUCCAUUCUUUCCCAAGUGAACGUAUAAAGGACGGACGCCUUCUCUCUCUCUCUCUCUCUCUCUCUCUCUCUCUCUCUCUCUCUCUCUCUGUACUGGAUUAUCGUGUUGGAAUAUCUCUGGAUUUUUCCAUCGGAGGACAGCACCAUCUCUCCAUCUUUCAUCCCUCGUGUUCUCCGGACUCUAGACUUGAUCUUCAUGGGAAAGACACUGGAGCAGCACCCGAUGUACCCGCAUUACACCUGUUAUUACCCGCCAUACACAUACAGUAAGCCCUAUGCCCCUCCCCUCAUCAUUUGAUGGCUCCACCCAGUCCCAGCAGCUCCAGCUGUAGUCAGAGUGCUGUUGAACAGCACAGCAAAACCAACCUGUACAUACGAGGACUUCCACCUGGAACUACAGACCAGGACCUCAUCAAACUCUGCCAACCAUUUGGGAAAAUUGUUUCCACAAAGGCCAUUCUGGACAAGAACACAAACCAUUGCAAAGGUUAUGGUUUUGUGGAUUUUGACUGUCCGUCUGCAGCACAGAACGCCAUCUCCUCUCUAAAGGCCACUGGUGUGCAGGCACAGAUGGCAAAGCAGCAGGAACAGGACCCCACUAAUCUGUACCUGUCUAAUCUGGCCGUCUCUAUGGAUGAGCAGGAGUUGGAGGCAGUGCUGAGGCCGUUUGGUCACGUGAUCUCCACGCGCAUAUUAAGAGAUGCCAACGGGGUGAGCCGAGGGGUCGGAUUCGCCAGAAUGGAGUCCAGAGAGAAAUGUGAUGUUGUCAUACAACACUUAAAUGGGAAAUAUCUCAAAAUGCCACCGGGCAUCCCAGCUCCCUCUGAGCCACUGCUGUGUAAGUUUGCUGACGGUGGUCAGAAGAAGAGACGAACUCUACAGAACGGCCGAGUGUGGAGAGAAGGAGAGAUAGGAAUGACUCUCACAUACGACCCUGCUAUCAUGCAGAAUGGGCUGUACUCUUCUCCAUACAGUAUUACUACAAACCGAAUGAUCGCACAAUCCUCGUUCAGUCCAUUUAUCACCGCUUCCCCAGUUUCUACAUAUCAGGUUCACAGUUCAGCGUGGAUGCCACAGCAGCAAUAUGUUAUGCAUCCAACAGGCGCGGUCAUGACUCCGGCAUUAGGACAGACGACUGUAUCCAUGCCGCCAGCUGCUGUGAUGAAUCCGCUCACACAGUAUAUGAACCAGCUCACACUGGGAUCUACUGCUAAUUACAUUACAGCUCCAGUGGCUCAUAUGCAGGGAACAUUCAUCCAUCAGUUAACACCUGUGCCUCCAUCUACACUACCAGUGGAGGCUGUAGCAACCGAAGCAUCUCCCUCCUCACAGGACGACCUCACACCACAACCACAACAGAUCACCAUGGAAACAAGUGACCAUAUUCAACCCUGUUCCUACCACACCAACAUCUUGAGGGGAUGAACGUGAGUAACCGUUGCCUUCUGAUAGAAACGAGACGCUCGGCACUGAACACGUGGGCAAAGAAUGAACUUCAAGGUGACUUCAGCACCAGAAAUAGAAGAAAGUAGAAUUUGGAAAGUAAUUUCCAACCUGGACUAAACAGACUGAAGCAUUAGCUGCGUCGACAGUAAAGGUGAUGAGGUUUAUUUGUGAUUUAUGUCUGCUGGACUGAUGCUUUCUUCAAAAACGUCAUCAGAAAUAACUAUGAAAAGUGAUCGGAUGUUAAGCAAUCUAAUCUUUAUGUCGUUUAUUUAUUUAUUUUUGUCAUGUAUUCAUUUUGUAUGAAUUUAUAAUACAAUUUUGUGUUGAAUUUAGCCUUUUCAUAUAUAUAUGAAAUCAUGUAUAAAUCAUGACGACUGACGCCCUUGUUUCAAGGCAAAUCUAUCCGAUUUUUAAUAAUAAUUUUCCUGUCACCGAUUUUAUCUUUACUUUUAACAAUCUUUUUUUCAUAUUGAGGGAAGUACAGCAGUUUGCUGCAACAUGCCUGUCUACAGUGUAUUUUAUUUGUUCAUUUUAGUUUUUCGAUUAUUUUUAGUAUUUUUAGUAUAGUUAAGUUUAACAUGUUGCUUUGCUUGAUACAUUUUGUAUUUUUCUCCCAAUUUGGAACGCCCAAUUCCCACGACUUAGCAGGUCCUCGUGGUGGCGCUGUUACUCGCCUCAAUCCGGGUGGCGGAGGACGAGUCUCAGAUGCCGUCGCUUCUGAGACCGUCAAUCCGCGCAUCUGAUCACGUGACUCGUUGUGCGUGACACUGCGGGGACUCACAGCAUGUGGAGGUUCAUGCUACUCUCCACGAUCCACACACAACUCACCACACGCCCCAUUGAGAGAACCACUAAUCACCACCACGAAGAGGUUACCCCAUGUGACUCUACCUUCCCUAGCAACCGGGCCAAUUUGGUUGCUAAGGAGACUCACAGCAUGUGGAGGCUCAUGCUACUCUCCAUGAUCCACACACAACUCACCACACGCCCCAUUGAGAGAACCACUAAUCAUGACCACGAGGAGGUUACCCCAUGUGACUCUACUCUCCCUAGCAACCGGCCCAAUUUGGUUGCUUAGGAGACCUGGCUGUCCUUCUGUACAACUAUAUUGUCCUACAGUCCCCUCGAGUCAUGUCUCGAAAUGAACCAAGAACAUU